AUGGGCAACGAACAAUCCACCAUGCAGGCAUCUGAAGUCAAUGCAGCAGACUCGGAUCAGCGACGGGCUUAUCUAAUGUCAUUUGUUCAUAUGAUGGGAGGCAACUAUGUCGAGAAAGUCAUGAUUGAGCAUUUGUUCGCAGAGGAACGAGCGUGCGACAGGCUCAACGAACUUGGCAUCGUGCAGAUCGGCACCGUUUAUUUCGAGUACCAGGUUGACCGAGCUACUUGGAUCAAUCUCUUUCGCCGUCUUCGCGACCAGGCUCCCCUUUGGCCUUUUGAAGGCAAAUCACCAGCGCGUGACGACAUGAGCCACGGGGUUUCAUCAGCCUACAAGCAAUGGCGAAUUAAUCGGAAUUUGCCUGUUGAGACCUUUGAGCAGGAUGCAAACAUGUUCUCAAGUCCCUCUGUUGCGGGGGCAAAUACGCAGCAAGUACCUCUGGAUGCAUCCCUCAUUGCCCCCGGGGAUAUUUGCCAGCGACGAGCUUGGCUGGAUGGAUUCAUCCGACAGAUUGGCAGCGACUAUGCCGAACACGUUGGUGAGAAGCGUCGGGCAUCAGAGCGGGUGGUCAGUCAAAAGCUGGCCGUCGAAGGAGCAAGGCAGAUCGGCGCUGGAUUCUUCGAGUACAACGUCGAUAAGAAUGCCUGGAGAAAAAUCUUCAAACGGCUCGGAGAUCAAGCCCCCCCUUGGCCGUGGAAGGAUGGACCUCAGCGUGAUGACAUGAUCGGCGGUAUAUCGCUGGUCUACAGACAGUGGCGAGUUGACAACAAUUUGCCCGUUGACACGAACGAGGGAGCUACAAACUAG